CCAAGCCAGAUCCAGCGCGUCAGCACCAUGGCCAGCUCCAGCCUCGCCUGCUGCCUGCUGGGGCUCCUGGCGCUGACCUCAGCCUGCUACAUCCAGAAUUGCCCCCCAGGUGGCAAGAGGGCCCUGCUGGACCUCGACGUGCGCAAGUGCCUCCCCUGUGGGCCAGAGGGCCGAGGGCGCUGUUUUGGGUCUGAGAUCUGUUGCGAUGAGUCGGACUGCUUCCUGGGCCCGACCUACUCGAAGAGCUGCGAGAAGGAGGACUACCUGUCAUCCCCUUGCCAGUCAGGCCACAAGCCUUGUGGAAGCAGGGGCCGCUGCGCCAACGCUGGCUUCUGCUGCAGCCCCGAUGGCUGCCGCGCUGACCCCACCUGUGAUGCCAAAGCUGCCUCCUCAGAGCCCUGAGCCCUGCACCUUGAGGAUUGCUGGUGCCCACGGAAUGCAUCCCUCAGUCCUCCUAAGCCUCCCCUAAAAAGAAUAAAAUAAAGGCAAUUUUCUU